GGUGCAAAGGUAACUCAGAGUGUAUAACGCUGCCCAGAAGAUCAGCAAAGUCAUCUCUCACCCCUUGUCCUCUCUCCCUCUCUUUUCUGCUCAAGCCCAGGCCUGUGUGUAUCUGAGGUACGUUGGCCAGCUCAAACAUCGUCUGUGGAAGCGGACCGAUGAUCACUGGGUGUAAUGGAGGACACUCAGAGCUCAGAGCAAAGCCCGGCCAGGAAACCAGUGAUCGCUCGCUACCCAUUACACCAACAACCUCCCUGGAUAUUUAGUGCCUUGUUUGCAGUGCAGGCCUGGGUCGCCAGACUUCAAUGCCACAGAUCUAGCAUUCAGCAGACGAUGUACCUCCUGGUUCAUCCACAGCUGUUGGUUUGGGAAUGUACGCAUUUGCUGACACAGGCAGCCCUUCUCCAGAUAGUUCAUUGGCUACUGAUCGAAGCUCUUCCAGCCAAUCAGAGGGCACGGCAGCACGGCUACCAGUUUAUGGCGACCAGCCUCUUCUCCACUGGCGUUUGCACACUGUUACAAACCACACUGGGCAACAGAUUGCCGCUGGUCCAGGCUCCAUCUUUUGAAUACUUAAUCCCUGCUAUGAUUCUUAUUUCGCACCCCAUGGAAGCCAGCGUCACUCAUUAUAACGGUACGGACCUGGUGUUCUCAUGUCCUGGAACACAGUGCCCUGAGACAGAAUUCGGUCUGCAGACAUGGAGAAGUGCCCUCAGUGAGGUACGAGGAGCGGUGGUUGUAUCGGGAAUAGUCCAAGUCCUGCUGGGACUGUCAGGCAUCCAGGGUCUAUUCACCCAGCGCUGUGGUCCAAUGGUGCUAGCGCCCAUGCUCUCCAUUAUUGGCCUGAGCUGCCACAAGGUGGCAGCACUGUUCAGCUCUACGCACUGGGGCGUCUCUGCUUUGUGA